GGUUGCCUUCAUAGAUCUCUCUCAAACAACUUGAACAUGGCCUCCUCUAUCCGAUUCCUUCUCUCCUCUUCCCUCCUAAUAUUAUUUCUCAUUGCUCCCACUUCUCAUGCACAGCAAUCUUUCCGGCCCAAAGCUCUCGUGAUUCCCGUCUCUAAAGACGCUGCCACUCUCCAAUACGUCACCCGCAUUAACCAAAGAACCCCGCUUGUUCCCUUAAGCCUAGUGCUUGAUCUUGGCGGCCAAUUUUUGUGGGUGGAUUGUGAGCAGAAUUAUGUGUCCUCCACUUACCGUCCUUCCCGCUGCAACUCAGCCCAAUGCUCGCUGGCUAGAGCCAGUGGCUGUGGGGAUUGCUUUUCAGCCCCAAGGCCAGGGUGCAACAACAACACAUGCGGUGUCACGCCUGACAACACCGUCACGCGCACCGCCACCAGCGGUGAGGUAGCCGAAGAUGCUCUGUCCGUCCAAUCCACCGAUGGGUCGAACCCCGGCAGAACCGUUAGCGUGUCCAAGUUCCUUUUCUCUUGCGCACCGACUUUCCUCUUGGAGGGUCUUGCUAGUGGGGUUUCAGGCAUGGCUGGUCUUGGCCGGACUAGGAUUGCAUUUCCUUCGCAAUUUGCUUCUGCCUUUAGCUUCCACAGGAAAUUCGCAAUCUGCUUGGCAUCUUCAACCACAUCAAAUGGAGUCGUGUUCUUCGGAGAUGGUCCUUACGUACUGCUUCCUAACAUCGAUGCCUCCGAUUCCCUCGCCUACACGCCGCUCUUCAUUAACCCAGUAAGCACAGCCUCAGCCUACGCACAAGGCGAGCCCUCGGCAGAGUAUUUCAUUGGCGUAAAAUCUAUAAGAAUCAACGAAAAGGUUGUAGCAGUAAACACGACUUUGCUCUCCAUUGACAGUGAAGGUUUUGGAGGGACUAAGAUUAGCACCGUCAACCCCUACACAGUCUUGGAGAGUUCUAUCUUCAGUGCAGUGACGGAGGCUUUCAUCGCCGAGGCCGCUGCCAGGAACAUCUCGAGGGUGGCUUCUGUGGCACCAUUCGACGUGUGUUUCAGCUCGGAGAACGUGCUUAGCACGCGUCUUGGGCCGUCUGUACCGACUAUUUAUCUUGUUUUGCAGAACAAUAAUGUUUUAUGGAGCAUAUUUGGUGCCAACUCGAUGGUGUAUAUUAGCGAGGAUGUGCUGUGCCUUGGAUUUGUUAAUGGAGGCGAGAACCCCAGGACUUCGAUUGUUAUUGGAGGGUACCAGUUGGAGAACACUCUUUUGCAGUUUGAUUUGGCAACGUCGAGGCUAGGGUUCAGCUCUACCCUGCUGGGCAGGCAAACUACAUGCUCAAACUUCAACUUCACUUCCAACCCCUAGAGGGUUCUCCCUAUAUAUGAUGUGUUUGCAUCUAUGUGUUUACACAAGAGUGAAUAAUUGGCCAUAUUUAAUUUACUCAAGGUGGCCAUAAAUAUGUUAAGCAUAUAGGAUUUGUUGAAUAAUAAAAUGUAAUAGUAGUACUAAUGACUC